GAAUGGCUGACGACGUCGAGGAAUCCGAAGUGUUCGAAAUAACUGAUUUUACAACAGCUUCGGAAUGGGAAAGGUUUAUUGCACGGCUGGAACAGAUUAUUCAUGACUGGAAACUGACGACGUAUGUCAGGGGACCCCCUCUCAAAAAGGGAGAGUUUUCCGCCGGAGAAUGGGAAGAGCAGUCGGAAUCCAUCAACUUUGCCACCGUGUGCUUCACGGUGACAGAGCACCGCCUCAAGCAAGCCGCACCGGCCGAAGGAACUCAACAAGAGGAGAGUGAGGAUGCUCUACCUCAGGCUAUGGAGGACAUGUUGCUGAUGGAGAAUGACUUCCCUCCACGGGCCCAUUGCAUCUGCAGAUGGUAUGGACUGCGCCAUUUUGUGGUAUUGACGCCGGUUGCCAACAGCGACGCAGUGCUGUCUGAGAGCAAGAUUAACCUGUUGCUCAGCUCCAUGGCGAUAGCUGUCAACAACACCAACUGCCUCCUGCCCAUCUUUGCCCAGAUCCAGCAGAAGUGGCGUCGGAUGUACACGGGCAUCUGCGAGGCACCAGGCGUGCGGACGACCUUUGACAUGGUACACCUCAAGCGGACCCCCCACCAGUACAGCCACAUGGAGGGACUGCUGAACAUCUUCAAGUCCAAACUUGCCACGCCCAUCUCCCCGUUCCCCCCGGUCAAGGCCUCCAUCAGAUUUACCUAUGUCCUGCACGAUUGGACACAGUAUGCCUGGUCCCUUCAGCCCCCUGACAUGGAUUCUCCCCUUGGGGAUGAAGUGGGCUAUCCCGGUUUCAAGGCACUCCCCUUUGGCGCAGUGGAAGAUCCCAUCAGUGAAUUGCACCUGUCGGCCACCUGGCCGUCUCAAGCUGAAAAUACCAUUGUUGACAACGACGUAUACUCUGACCUUGACCCGUCCCAAGCACCUCAGUGGUCUGUCCGACUACGCCUGACUGAGAAGCCCCAGUGCCUGCUUGGGGAGUACCUGAGUGCAUUUGCAGAGCUUGUGCACAACCGAGACUCCACAGACCAGCUGCUAGGAAAGCCUGCCUUUGAUGACAACGAUGACGAAACUUCAGAGCAGAUCAGCCAGGCUCUGCAGCGCCUCACCGACCCCGGGCGGGUUCAUCUCCCUACCCUCUCCUCGGUUGUCAGUCGGGCACGCACCAGGAUACGCUCCCGCCAGAGGCAGGUGGAGGCACCCAUAGCUGUCGACAUCCUGAACGAGCUUCUGGUGCAUCUGUUUCCGGAUGCAGCCAAUCAGGAUGAAGCUAGUGAGGGAGAUGAGGAAGGGGAGAAGGACGAUCCGACGGAAGCCAUGAAUGUCCAGCCAGAAGUCAAGGAGUGGUAUCGCCACUUCAAAUCCGGACCGGAAGACAGCAUCACCUACAAGUUGGCCGUAGCCAUGUGCGUGGUGAAUCACAGCCACGGGGGACUGAAGGCUGUGGCCCACCUCUGGCAGGAGUUUGUCCUGGAGAUGAGGUACCGCUGGGAGAACAUGUACCUGAUACCAGGACUUGCCUCAGGAAAUCCCAACAUGGGCUGUUGCCUACUGCAUCAGAAGUUGCAGAUGCUGAAUUGCUGCAUAUCCCGCAAGAAAGCCCGCGAGGAGCGUCAGAGCAUGAGCGGGACUGUUUGGGGGGAACAUGCGUCAAGCACGCGGGGUAGCUCAGAUCAGAAUACGGCUUCAGGGAGCCCAGGAACGGAUUCACCCAGCAACGAUAGGAGCAAUGGUGUCACUCCCUAUGCCUCGGCCACCCAGCUGGCCGGAGAGGACCAGGGCUUUGCCGAGAAGUUCCGAUCGGCCUCCAAGGGUUCCGUUGGGGAGGGGCGGUCUGUCAGGAGCGACAGCGAUAGUGAGGAGGAAUUCUUUGAGUGUGACGAGGACUCCUUCCCGGGGAGCCCUGACAAGGAUGGGCUCGAACCAGGCGCUGGGGAGACCGAAGCCAAAGACUCCAGAGGGGUAAACUUCCAAGUCGGAGAGGAAACGGAUGCCAAAGUUACAUCCCCUGAUGUUGGAAAUGAGUCGAGGUCACAAAAACCCAGUGGGAGGCUACGACCAUAUGGAGACUUGAAGCUCUUAAAUAAGGAUGAACUCCUGUAUAUUCCUGUUACACAGGACCCAGCUCCGAUGACUGAGGACAUGUUGGAAGAACAUGCUGAGGUCUUGGCCCAGCUAGGCACCUCGUCAGAGGGGGCUGAGCUUAGGGCCAAGAUGCAGAGUGCCUGCCUACUGUCUGACAUGCAAGCAUUCAAGGCUGCAAAUCCGGGCUGUGAACUGGAAGACUUUGUGAGGUGGUACUCACCCAGAGACUGGAUUGAGCAUGAAGAAGAUGAGGAUGAGGAGGGAGAUGAGGGGGAGGAGCCAAUGGAUGAUGGAGAGGGCGGGGCCAGGGAAGAAGGCGGAGCCAACAGGAGGAAAGUCAAGGGGAGUCUGAGUCAGAGGAUGAUGCUCCCUGGCAACACGUGGCAGGAGGUGUGGUCUCAAUCCAAGCCGGUCCCCGCCCACCUCCAGAAGCGGCUCUUUGACGACACCAAGGAGGCGGAGAAGGUCCUUCAUUUCCUGGCCUCCCUCCGGCCAGGCGAGGUGGUCCUCCAUCUUCUGCCCCUCAUCGUCCACGCCGCCCUGAGGAGGCUGGAGACAGCAGCUGUAGAGGAUGUUCCCUCUUUACAGCCACACUUCCCAGGACUUGUGAGCAAAGCCUCGCGAGUGACCAGAGCUCCAACCCAGGAGAUCAGAAAAUACGAAGAGUUAGUCAAGCAGAUUUCCCUCUUUGAGGAGGUCAUCGCCCGCUCCCUCUCCCUCAAAGCCAAGUUCCUCCCCCAGAGAGCGGACACAGAGGCCUCACGUCACGCCAGCGCCCUGCAGCAGUUUGUCAGCGAUCUCAUGGACAAGCCCGAGGUGCCCGUGAUCGGGGCAGGCAGGGGUCCCGUGGGACAGGCCAUACAUCAACUGUUUGGAGCCGCACAAAGGUCUGCUCACAUGCUUCCCGAGGUGGAAGCCGACUUGCAGGAUUCUCCAGGCAGGGUUAAGUACUCCCACACUCACAGCUCGGUGCCGGACUUCCCCCGGCCAGCUGGCCGGGAGUUCAUCUUCCGCGCGGUGGCACCCCGCCCUGCCCCCUACUCCCAGCCCACCCCACAGAGGAUGUACUGCGUGCUGGUGGAGGAGGAGUUUCGGCUGGCGGGAGCAUUCUCUCAGGACACCACCUUCCAGUGAUUGGGGGGGGGAAGGGCAUGAAGAUGGACGCUAAGAGGGGAAACCGGCCCACAUCUGAAAGUCUGCGAAGUGAGAAUGUUCCUAUUUCCACUCGAAUGCUUUUUUUAUGGAACUGAGUGUGUUCUUGCAAUAGGAAUUCCAGGGAUGCUGUUCUCGA